AGUGUGCAAGAAAGCCGCAUGCCAUCCAGUCCCGCUGGAUGGAGAAGGAAACACUAGACCUUUAAGUGGAAAAUAACUGCCGGACGUUAGAAUUGGGAAAAAAAUAGGGAGAUAGUGCCACCAGUAAGGGCCUAAUGGAAGGUUCUCCUCUGAUCCAACCCCUAUGCCCCCCCACUUCGGCUUUCUGGUCAUUGGGAGCGUAAGAGCAGGCAAUGUGAGCCUGGAGAGGUUUUGUUUUUUUCAUCGUUACUUCCCACAGUACCCUUGUGGCUCUGAGAGCAUUCUGGACGCUGCUGCUCAAAGGUAACAUGGACCAAACAACUGGACACCUGCUGGCUCUGGCUUUCCUCCUGCUUGUAAAAGUCAGCAUGUCCAGUCAGAACAACAUCAUCACUUGGUGUGCGGUGUCCGAUGCGGAGGAGCAGAAGUGUCUGGAUCUGGCUGGGAACGCCACAGCCCGGAAUAUUCGCGGAAAAUUGCACUGUGUUCGCGGCCAGAGCCCUACAGACUGCAUGCAGAGAAUUAAGAAUGGCACAGCUGAUGCAGCCUCUAUGUACCCUGAUGAGAUCUAUACUGCUGGAGUUUGCUAUGGGUUGGACGUUGCAGUAGGAGAGUCUUACAAUGGAGUGGAUGGCAUUAAUUACUACGUAGUGGCCUUGGCCCGAAGAUCAUCCGGUGACCUGUCGCUGCUGGAGAUGCAUGAGCGGAGUUCAUGUCACCCUGGGAUCCGGACCACUGUGGGCUGGACUGUGCCCAUUGGCUUCCUGGUCAACACAUCGCAGAUCAGCGUGAACGAACAGUGCAAUUUCCCCCAUGCGGUGGGGGAUUUCUUUGGUUAUAGCUGUGUCCCAGGAGCAAAGGACCCAGAGCACGACCCCAAAGGCACCAAUCCCAGAAACCUGUGUGAAGCCUGCAUAGGGGACGAGAAUGACCGACACAUCUGUGCCAACAAUCCUCGAGAACGCCACUACGGAGAGGCAGGGGCCCUCAGAUGUGUGGCAGAGAACCUUGGAGAUGUGGCCUUCGUAAAGCACACCACAGUCUUUGACAACAUGAACGGUAAAAAUCAGGAGUCGUGGGCUCUGGACCUGGAACUGGAGGACCUGAAGCUGCUUUGCCCGGACGGAGGCGAGGCCUCGCCCUUCCAGCACAAGCACUGCCACCUGGCUGUGGUGCCCGCCAACGCUGUGGUGGUGCGCCUGGAGGAUAAGUGCCGCGUUUACAAGUUCCUGGAACGUGUGCAGAAUGCGUUUGCCAACGCUACGCAGGGUUUCUCCCUCUUCAGUUCGGCGGGGUACGGUCAGCCAGAUGUGAUGUUCAGUGACUCCACUCAGAAGCUGCUGAGGGUCAUGGGCACCUACCCAUCCUGGCUGGGACCCAGCUACAACACUAUGCUUCAGGCAUUUGAAUGCGAAGGUUUGUGCUGAUGUGAUCGAAAGCCUGCACACCUCCGCACUCUCAUUCUCUCCCACCUCCCAUAUCUCCCGUAUUCUUCCUCUCUCUUACACCGACCCCUCCGCCCUGCUUAAAGAGUGCCGCAGGCUGUACCUAGGCCAAAGGCCAGUUAGCUCCCAUGCUUCAUAGCCUCCCUCCUUUCUUCUCUCUUCUGCUAGCGACUAAAUGCAGCACAUUAGCUAUACUGUUGCCGAUCUAGGCCACUUGAUCUGCUAUUUCAUGAUGGAAGAAGGUCCACGCCAGCAGGCCAUGAUUUCCAGGGAGGGGGAGCAGCCACCACAUCAUGAAGGGAUUCAUUCUUUUGAGCCAAUACUGUGUUACAUGUGCUUCAAAUCCAUGCAAUUCAAUAUCUUCGGCUAAUGCUAAUGGUGGCCUGCUGAACCAGUGGUUCUCGACUCUGGUCCUGGGGGCCCACUGCCAUCCACUGAAAAAGAUCUAAAGCCUUAUUGGAGCUGGAUUAGUUUUACCUGGGGGGAACACUCUCAUUUCAGUGAUUACCUAAGAUUUUAAUCUAGUAUUAAUCUGCAAUGUGUGUAGUUGUUACAUUCAGACAGUAAUAAUUGCAGAGUGAAUGGGCUUCUCUAAUUGGCCCCCUCAUCAGCCCCUGUAGCAGAGCCAUUUUUUCUGCCAUGUCUUCCGUGUUGUUAUUGUCAUUGAGUGUGGCGUCAACUGCUUAAUGCUGAUGUUAGCAUCAAAAUCCAGGUUAUAUCGCCUUUCAGAUGAUAUAAUAUCACCUAAUAUAGUGAUUUGCAUUGGAUUUAGCCCUCCUUCUUGAAACUUAUCUGUUUUUUUUUGCAAUUUAAUACAAUUAUUUGGAAUUUAAAAGGAAAUCCACAAGUACAUCUUGUUUGGAAAUCAGUAACCAUAAACAAAUUUGCUAGAUUUUUUCAUUCAGUGAAUCCAACAUAUCUCUAAAAGGAUACCUUCCAAUUCAUUCUAUUCAAAGCAGUCAAAGUAUAUAUACUAGCUAAAGCUAACUAGUUACAGAGGCUUGUUUGAGGGACAGAUACUCCAUGCAUUCGAAUAAGUUGGACUCUUGAUCAUCUUCAGAGUGGAAUCUGAUUGGAAGCAAUGGGAGCCAUUGGUCCGAAUCAGAUACCAGCCUGUCGAUUCCAAAGUUCUUGCCACCAAACUUCCUUGCAGAACGCCUUUUAAAACACUUUAUGACCUUUUAACCUGGGAUACCUGUAAAAAAUCUCUAAUAAAACUAAUCCAGCACCAAAAGGGCUUCCUACACCUCAUUCGGCCUAGUAGCUGAUACAUUUAAUUAGGCGUGUUAGAAUGUGGCAAACACUAAACUGUGCUAGGCAAUGGGUCUCCAGCACUGAACUAUGUUAUAGAAGGUGUUAAACAAAAGUCUAGACUUUAAAUAAACUAGGGUUUAUUUAAGUGAUUAUGGCAUCCGGCCUAAUUUGUAAUGAAUGCUUGAUAUUUACUAUCUUGAAAAAUUUAGAAUUGAAGAUAAUUGCCAGUUUGAAUGGCUAUACACCAUUUGAGCCUCUGAUGUGAAAGUAUGGCAGGAGCAGUUGACUGACCUUGGCUUGUUUAAGAGAAUUCUUAACUUGAAUAUAUCUACUAGAACACACCGCUAGUCUUUUUUUUAUUGAAAACGAUUAAAAUACUCAACAACUUCUCUGGAAAAUGUUCUCCAUGUCGGCCCGUUUUUGCUUCUACGUGGAUGGAACUCAACAUAGGUGCUCGUAUGGUGCUGUUUCCUGGCUUGUCUCCAGGAUAACACUAUACCGACUUGAACAAUGUUUCAUGUAAAUAGUCUUGUGUCGCUAUUUGUAGAACAAUCUCCUAUUAUCAAUAAAAAACCC